AUGGCAAAGCCAACUUCUUUUCUCUUACAAUUUACACUUCUUGUUUGCUUUACAGCCAUUCAUGGCAGAGCAGAGAUUACAAGUUCUUCGUGUGAUGCUUAUGUCUCUUACUUUACAAAAUCUUCACAGUUCUUCGAUCUUCACAGCAUAUCGAAAUUGUUUGGAGUCAAAGCUUUGAAGAUUGCGAAAGCCAGCAACUUGGAAUCUGACAAAACUCCAUUGUUUGAUGGGCAGCUUCUGUUCAUUCCUGUAACUUGUAAUUCCACUACAAAUGGAAAUAAUAGCUUCUUCUUUUCGAAUACCACUUACAAAAUCAACCAGGGUGAUACCUUUUAUCUCGUCUCUACAUCUUUCUUCGAGCAUCUUUGCGAUUCUGACAUUGUUGUAAAAAUGAACCCAUCUCUAAAUCCAAACAAUUUGUCAGUGGGAGUUGAAGCUGUUUUUCCUCUGUUUUGUAAGUGCCCUUCUAAGGAAAACUUAGAACAGGGAAUUCAAUUUUUUAUUACUUAUGUAUGGCAAUUGACUGAUGUGGUUUCUGGGGUGAGAUCGAUUUUCAAUGUAUCAAAAGAUGCAAAUUUGGAAGAUGUAAAGGGUGUAAAAUUGACGAAUUUCGUAGCUGGUGAGGCUUUGUUUAUACCCCUUUCGAAACUUCCUCUGCUUUCUCAGUCUCCUCCUCAGAGGAAAAAAAUCAAACAUCUUGUGAUCGUUGUUGGUGGUGUGGCUUUGGGUGUUGGUUUCCUCUUGGUGGCUUAUGUUUUCUUUAUUUACAAGAAAAUGAAGCUACCCAUUUGGGGAAAUUCAAUUAAAAUGAAGAUGAAACAGAAUGGGCAGCUUCUUCCUCUUCCUCCUCCUCCUGUGGUUUCAGAUUACUUGGGAAGGCCAAUUUUGUAUGAUUAUAAAGUGAUAAUGGAUGCAACAAUGAGUUUCAAUGAGGGGUUUAAGAUUGGAAAAUCAGUAUACAAAGCCAUAAUCAAUGGACAAAUCUCAGUGAUAAAGGAAGCUAAACCAGAUUCAACAGAAGAGCUGAUGAUUUUACAGAAAGUCAAUCACAUAAACCUAGUGAAAUUGGUGGGGUUCUCAUCAGAUGAUAAGGAGAACUUUUACUUGGUUUAUGAAUUUGCUGAAAAUGGGUCAUUGGAUAAGUGGCUUUAUUCAUCAUCCGAAGCUUCUUCAAGCAAUCUCACAUGGAGCCAAAGGUUGAACAUAGCAUUGGAUGUGGCUAAUGGGUUGCAAUAUAUGCAUGAUCACACUCAACCAAGCAUAGUUCAUCAAGAUAUCAAAACAAGUUGCAUCCUUCUUGACUUGAGAUUCAGAGCAAAGAUUUCAAAUCUUGCUAAGGCAAGACCUGCUGUCGAUUCUCUGUCCACGAAAGUCGAUGUUUUUGCUUUUGGGGUUGUGGUUUUGAAGCUGCUUUCAGGGAAAAAAGCUCUGAAAUAUAAUGAAGAAGGAAGAGAAGACAAGUUGAGAGAUUGGAUGGACUCAAAAUUAAAGGAUUGUUACCCAAUUGAGGGAGCUUUGAGCUUAGCAGUAAUGGCGAGGGCUUGUACACAAGAUGAACCUCUGUCAAGGCCAAGUAUGGCGGAAAUUGUGUUUAAUCUCUGUGUUCUUGCUGAAUCUUCCCCAGAAAAGGUAGAAAAAUCAUGGGUUUCUCUUUUGGAAGCAGAUGAAAUUGGCCAUAGCCAUAGCCCCAUUAGAGCUCGUUGA